GCUGCGGCGCGCGCGGAUGCCGUUACCCGCCCGCCCCGUCCCCUCGGCCGCGCUCCCCGGUGCCGCCCGCCCCGCGCUCCAAUGGCGCUGAAGCGGAUACAGAAAGAACUAAGUGAUCUGCAGCGAGACCCACCAGCCCACUGUUCUGCUGGACCUGUUGGAGAUGACUUGUUUCACUGGCAAGCAACAAUUAUGGGACCUCCUGAUAGUGCAUAUCAAGGGGGUGUUUUUUUCCUCACAGUACACUUCCCGACAGACUAUCCUUUCAAACCACCAAAGAUUGCUUUUACAACAAAAAUAUACCACCCAAAUAUAAACAGCAAUGGGAGUAUUUGUCUUGAUAUCCUGAGAUCACAGUGGUCACCAGCUCUGACUGUAUCUAAAGUUUUAUUGUCCAUAUGCUCCUUACUUUGUGAUCCUAAUCCCGAUGAUCCUUUAGUACCGGAUAUUGCACAGAUCUACAAGUCAGACAAGGAAAAAUACAACAGACAAGCAAGAGAAUGGACUCAGAAAUAUGCAAUGUAAACUUGUGAAGACUUUUCAUAUACCACAGAGUACUGUACAUUUUAGAAUUUUUUCAAAAUUAGAAGGAAAUGGAGCACAGUUUACUGUUUCAGUGUGUCAUGAUGCCCCCCAAAUUUAUUUUUUUUCCACCCAUGUAAGUGUGUUUCUGGAGCAAGGGAGAACAGACUUCUAAAAAUAACCUUAUGACUGUGAUACAAAUAUUUAUCCUCUUUGUAUGCUUUGCAGAAUACAUUUAUUAUGGGUUUUAAAACUUGGACACCUGCAUCUUCAGACUAGCAGAUCCAUAAUGCAGUUGUAAAACAACCAAAAUAUUUUUGCUGGAAAAAGUAGCUCUUUUUAUGUGAUGAAUACUGUACGUGUGUCCUUAAAGUACAUUGUCUGUUUCAUAGGGGUGUUUAAAUUUUAUUUUGUUAGUUCACUUAUAUAAUUUUUUUUUUUUUACUGUAUAGACUGAAUAUUUUAUUUACCAUGUAAGUCGUUUGAUUUAGGACUUACUUGCUUGUGCACAAUAUUGACAAGAUACAACUGCUAGUAAUGAAAGUAAUUGGACUAUCCCACCCAUCAGGGUAUUCUAAAUACUGACUGCAGAUUUCUUAAAGUAAUCUUUGCACUGUAUUUCUUUGUACGCUGAUUAUGGAGAAACACUUGUUUUUGAUUCUGUUGCAUACUUGACUUAAUUUUAUUGCAAUGUGAACUAAUUGCACUGCUUUGUAGAAAGAUAUGUAACCGUUUUGUUGCUAUUCACAACUGAUUUUUGACAUGUGGGCAACAUAACACUAUUACAGACCUUUACAAAUCUAAAUGUAGCCUUUUCCGUAUAAAUAAAAUGCAUUUUCUACUACUUGUCUUGGCUUUUUUUUUAAAUAAUGCAUAUUCAUAAAGUGCUUCUUCUAACAUGAGAGAAUCAAAAUACUAGAUUAUGCAUGUGUCUUGUAAACAAAAAGGAAAAUAAAGCCAUGCAUCAUAUACUAUUCAGACUUGCAUUGCUAUGAAUUUUUCUGCUAGCUUUAGCUUAUAGCAUGCUAUGCCCAUUGUUUUAUGUAGGUUUUCCACUAGUUUAAUUACAACUAUUUUAAUUUCUGGAGGAAAUACCACAAGUGUUUUAACGUGGUACACUUCAGUGAAGGCUGUGCAUCUGCAGUAUCAGAUUAUUACAGUAAACUUCUUGCACUUGAAGCUAACUUUUCCCUUAACCAGCCUUGUGUUGCUUCAAACUAUGCAUGUGGAAAACCCAGCCUGCUGGAGAGGGGCAAGCUUUUUCUGAAGUGGAUGAAAACCAGAAUUUUCCUACUGUACGGUCUUCUUGGUUAUCUGAAAAUAAAAAUGCUUGACUGAUGUUUUUCUCUGUACCUUGCACAUGAAAGAAAAGUGAGAGUUGGGAAAUUUGUCAUUAUACAUUUAUAAGACUAUCAAAAUAUUUGGGUUUUUCCCUGCAAUGAAUGCCAAACUGGAAUUUGGGGUGUGGGUGAAUGUUACCUUCAUGAUUGCUGACCCCAGUGGAGUUAAGUUGAUCAUAUAUGGGGAGAAUGUCACUUCUGUGCUACAGUUUUAUCUGUGAUUUAAUGAUAACUUUUGAAAAGAAAAAAAGAAGCUUGAUGGAGAGCGACUCCAUUGAUCUUAAAAUAAUCCUUGUUCACUUUAGAUUGUAAACUGAAUAAAUGUUUUUUGUUAUUAAAAUGAAUGCUACAUUGCACUUGAACAAGGACAAUGUAGCUCUGAAGGCAAAAACAUUGUUUGUACUUACAGCUAAAAUGGUGGUAGAAAACUUUGACCAUCAGAAUGUGUUCCCAGAGUUGUUAUUUUUUCUGGAUUGGUAUUAACACGUUUGUAGUAGGAGUUACUUAAAUGUUUGCAAUAUUUGUAUUGAACUGUGUGAAACUGGAAGUUUGACUUGCAUCUCAGCAUAUUCUCUUGGUUUCCUGGUUUGAAAAUACUUGAUGUCAGUUGCUGGGUUUGUUUGUUUGUUUUCUUUGCCGUGUGCCUUCUGUGGAGGGAAUGACUCCAUCACAGUGCAGGAUGAGCAGGAUGAUCAAAAAACAAAGACCAGCAGCAAUGAGUGAGUUUGCCUAUGGCAUAUUUAUAUACUUUAAAAAAAAACAAACUCCAUUUAUGGAUAUGCUGUGUUAGAGGUGUGAAGCUAAGUCUUUGAUUAAAAACUUAAGUCUUUCAAA